AUGGACCACAAAAACUUAGUCAGGUUCCUGGAGACGUGGGACACCAGUUGUGGGCAGGUGAUCGUGAUGGAGGAGUUCCGCAUGGGCUUACUUGAAGUCAUGGAAAUAGAGAGCCCUCUGGCCUUCGCCCAAAUCCGGUACAUCGUCCGACAUAUGGCCGAGGCCUUAAAGGCACUGGAGUCCAGGGGCAUCAUCCACACCGGUGUCAUGGCAGAAAACAUCUGGGUCUGCGGCGUAGACAGGCCCAUUUUCAAACUGGCAGGUUUUGGUGCUGUGGUUCGGAGGAAGAAGGCGGAACCUGGAAUGAAUGUGCAGCAUUCCUGUUUGUCUAUUAAGGAGAAUUACCAACAAUCUGAGCUGGUUGGAUGCAUUAACCUCAUCAAGCAGAUGCUCCACAUGGACCCUGCUCAGAGGAUCACUCCUGCUCAGAUCCUCAAACAUCCUUUUAUUCACACGAAGAAUGAGACAGACAAACCAGUGACAGAAUUGACGGCUGACCCAAUUCCACAUUGUUCUUCACAAACGCCUCGAAUCCUUUCAGUUAAACCGGCCACUGCAAAAAACAUCGUGGACUUCCAGGAUGAUGACCGUCAGAAGAAACGACAGAAGAAUGAGGCGGACAAACUAGUCUCUGUAAAGAAGGAUGACCUCAUUCUGCAAAGUCCAUCAAAAUCUCCGAAGGUCAUUUUGGUGAAACCAGCUGCUCCAGAAAAUAUCAUCCACUUAGAGAAAGAGGACCCACCCAGGAAAAGUCAGAAGAUUAAGACGGCUAAACCAAUCCCUGAAGAGAAGGCUGACCUGGUGCAGAAGUCUCCUCGUAAAACUCCUAUGGUCAUUUUGGUCAAAGCAGCCGCAGCAGAAAACACCAUACAGGAUCACAAACCGAAGACGAGUGCUGAGAAUCAGGCAGCAGAGAAGCCAAAGAUGGAUGUUCAAAAUCCAAAGAAAAAGAAGACACGAACUGUCACCCCAGAGGUUCCAUCUGUGCUGGCGCUUAGGAAGAUCCAGCAGAACUGUGGUACUAGUGAGGGAUGUGGGACAUCAGAGAAGCUUGGAGACCUACAGAUGUCUCACAGCUUUAAAUGGAAACAUCUGUUGCAAAAAACAAUGCAACAAGACCAGACAACACUCCAGCCCUCAUUAGGUGCCACAACACCCAAGAAAAACAGAAACUUUGUCCAGAAGUCUCUAUCCUGGCUGAGAGGGUUCUUCUGCCUUCGAGGGGAGGUUGAAGAUUAA